AAACAACAUGGCGGCUCGGAGGCAGAAAGCGGGAACAGUCUCAUCAAGUUUGGAAGCCACUUCCGACUCCACAAGCCAUGUAGAUGUUGAUCUAACAAAGAAACUUUCACAACCAGAUAAGUCUGUGUGGUGUCCAAGACCGUAUACAAUCUUCAAACUGCUACUGUCAGCAAGAUUCUGUUCGGCAUUUCUGAGUAACAUAUCAGACUGUGAUGAGACCUUCAACUACUGGGAACCUAUGCACUUUCUGAUGUUUGGUUCUGGUUUUCAAACCUGGGAAUAUUCACCAAAGUACGCCAUUAGGUCCUAUGCUUAUCUGUUGUUACACACUGUUCCUGGGAAACUACAGAUCCAAGUGUUUGAAGCAAACAAGUUUGCUAUGUACAUGGUGAUUUUAUCUUAUGGAGGAUGGUUUUCAGGAAAUUAUGCUGUGGCUGUCUUAGCAACAGCAGCUGGUUCCCUGAUUGGUUGGCCUUUUAGUGCAGUUCUUGGAGUUCCUAUCGCAUGGGACAUCAUAGUACGUCAAAGAAAAAUAAUGUAUUUUAUACAAUUAUGCCUUAUAUCACUUAUAGUAUUUCUGGGACCAUUAGUGUAUAUUGAUUCCUUUUUCUAUGGCAAAACCGUGAUUGCCCCCCUAGGUAUUGUGCUGUACAAUGUAUUUGGCAAAGGUGGCCCAAGCCUCUAUGGCGUUGAGCCGUGGUCGUUUUACUUCUUAAAUGGGUUUUUGAACUUCAACAUUGUAUUUCCUAUGGCGCUGCUAGCUUUACCUGCCUGUGUCUUUAUUAAACUGGUGAUGACUGGGAAAUCACAGGAAAAGAAAUUUCCGUCGUCAGUGUUACCAAUUUGGCUUUCACUUAUGGGGAUGUACAUUUGGAUUCUAAUUUUCUUCACAAGACCUCAUAAGGAGGAAAGAUUUCUGUUUCCAAUCUAUCCGUUCUUUUGUUUAUUCGGAGCUGUAACGCUUACCAACUCACAGAAAUUAUUCCAUGGGCUUUUCUUUAGCGGAAGCAGACAUCAUUACUCGGCUUCUUCCACAUGGUUUGCAGUCUCUGCUUCUGUAGUGUUCUCAGUUUUGUCUUUGUCAAGAUCAAGUGCUCUUUAUUAUGGUUACCACGCACCGAUGGACCUGUUUAUUGAGUUGAACCAUAUGUCGUCUAAACUUGAGGAGCCCCUUCCUCAGGGCAAACAAAUAAACCUGUGUGUUGGAAAGGAGUGGUACAGAUUUCCCAGCAGCUUUUUUUUACCCUCGGAAAGAUGGCAUCUACAGUUUAUUCGUUCCGAGUUUCGAGGUCAGUUACCAAAGCCUUAUGCUGACGGACGCAACGCUACAAAAAUUAUACCAACCUAUAUGAAUGACAUGAAUGAAGAGGAGCCUUCAAGAUAUAUGUCCAUCUCAAAAUGUGACUUCCUCGUGGAUUUAGAAACAGAAAGGGAAACUGAACUUGAACCAAACUUUGUGAAACGAACCAAGGACUGGGAAGUGGUGCUUCAGAAGCCAUUUCUGGAUGCAGAAAGAUCUCACCGACUUUUCAGAGCAUUUUAUAUUCCCUUUGUCUCCUACCGCUUCACAAAAUAUUCAAACUACGUUUUGCUGAGAUCACUACGAAAGACCAGUGCGAAGGCAAAGAAAGGAAGAGAUAGAAAACCUGUUGUCAAGGAAGAAGAUGCAACAGUUUAACUAGCACAGUAUUUAGGAAGAGACAUAGCUAUUGCCUUGUUUUCAAAUACAAGACAUUUUUCAACUAAUAUCGUCAUCACAGUUUCGUCUUCUGCCCUUACGUUUACCGGAAAGGAGUGGUCGUUUAGUUUCGUGUCGUAUUGUUUUCCUUUCGGGUAUCUUCAGACAAGAUUAUUUCGCGACGAACCUUCCUGAACAUGCUAAUGAACUUACGGCAGGCACGUUUUUCAUUAGGCCAUUUCCGAGAAACCCGAAGACUCCCUUUCAUAACGAAGAUAUAUGAUAAAACUGAUCUUGAAAUGAUCUGCUUUUCUCAUGCAUUUAAAAUGACGCGUCGCGAGUAAAAUCUUGUUCUUGGCCUCAAUCUUUGAGGAUAAAGGAGCUUAACAAUGGUCUUUUGUUUGGUCAGGGAUGUUACACAAGUUAAAGUUGAGCGCGCUGUUCUCGGAGAUUACAAAUAUCUUAUCAGAUAAGAUGACCGUUCAUGUAUAUUCACACCAGACUGAUUGAAGUUGAAAUAAACGAGAGAGCCACGCUGUGAGGUUAA